AGUCAACCUGGGUGUUAUUCCGUUUGCCUGCUUUUUCCUUCGCUCUGUUUUUGCUAGUCCUCCCGGUUGUGACCCUUGCCUAUCUGGACUCUGAACCCACCUGCAUCAGUGGAUGCAUGGUGAUAAGGACGCUGAUAUUGGAUUUGUUCUAUUAUCCAGACAGAAGUGCCAUCCCUACUCCCAGUACUUCAGACUUAGUCUUGCUGACUGUCAAGGUUGUCCACCGGCACCGCACUGCCACCGACUCGACCGGACCUGAACAUUGGCUUGAUUGUGUGCUCAGGACUCAACAAUGGGGAAGGACGCCGCAAGAGCAGAGUGGGACAAUCCCAUGCAAUUUGUCCUGGCGUGUGUAUCAUACGCGGUUGGACUGGGAAAUGUGUGGCGAUUUCCAUACUUGUGUCAAAUGCAUGGCGGGGGUGGGUUCCUGAUCCCAUACCUGCUUAUGCUGGUCCUGUUGGGGGUACCCCUGUUCUACAUGGAGUUAGCCAUUGGCCAGAAGAUGCGUCUGGGCAGCAUUGGAGCAUGGAGAGCUAUUAACCCCUAUCUGGGGGGAGUGGGUCUGGCCAGUGUUGUGACCUCUAUGUACCUAUGCCUCUAUUACAAUGUCAUCAAUGCAUGGAGUUUCUGGUACCUCUUUCAUUCAUUCCAGUCGAUCCUGCCAUGGGCAGAGUGCCCGGUUAACAGCAACCUGACUGGCCAUGUGGAGGAGUGUGAGCGGGCCACGCCCACCCAGUACUUCUUCUACAGAGAGACCCUGGACAUCUCCGGGUCCAUUGAAGAGAACGGAGGGAUUCACAUGGGACAGGCGCUCUGCCUCCUGCUGGCCUGGAUGAUUGUCUACCUGUUUAUCGUCAAGGGGGUCAAGUCCACCGGGAAGGUGGUGUACUUCACAGCCACAUUCCCCUACCUGGUCCUCAUCAUCUACCUCAUCCGUGGGGUCACCCUUCACGGAGCCAUCAACGGUGUGAAGUACAUGUUCACGCCCAAGAUGGAACAGCUGGCUAACCCCACUACAUGGAUCAACGCGGCCACUCAGAUCUUCUUCUCUCUGGGCCUGGGCUUUGGAUCCCUCAUCGCCUUUGCCAGCUACAACCAGUACAACAACAACUUUGAGAAGCAGGCCAUCGUCGUGUCCAUGGUCAACAGUAGCACCUCCAUCUUCGCCAGUAUCGUCACCUUCUCCAUCUAUGGCUUUAAGGCCACCUUCAACUACGAGAGCUGCCUGGAGAGGGUGCGACUGCUGCUCCUGAACACCUUUGAUCUAGCAGAGGACACCAUCAGUCUGGAGAAUGUCAACCACUGGAUCACUGAGCUGAACAGGACACACCCAGAACAGUUUGCCAGUCUGGGAGGUAGGCUGGAGACCUGUAACCUAGAGGCUGAACUAGACACGGCUGUUGAGGGUACAGGCCUGGCCUUCAUAGUGUACAGUGAGGCCAUUAAGAACAUGCCCGUGUCUCAGCUGUGGUCUGUGCUCUACUUCAUCAUGCUGCUGCUGCUGGGCAUGGGCAGUAUGCUGGGCAACGUCAUCGCCGUCAUCACCCCCCUCAGUGACUUGAAGUUCAUCAGCCGCUACAUGAGCACCAAAACACUCAAUGGUCUGGUGUGUCUAUUCUGCCUGCUGCUUGGCCUGGGCUUCACCACCCGCUCUGGGAACUACUGGUUCACCAUGUUCAACGACUAUGGAGCCACUUUCUCUCUGCUCUUCAUCGUCCUCAUUGAAGUUAUCACCGUCUGCUACAUAUAUGGCAUCAAAAGGUUUGAGAAGGAUGUAGAAGACAUGUUAGGUCAUCGUCUUAACUGCUACUGGAAGAUCAUGUUGGCAGGAGUCAGUCCCAUCCUCCUCAUUGCCCUAUUCAUCUUCUACAUCGUCAACUACAUCCAGGGAGGAACGCCCACAUACCAGGCCUGGAACAAAGAACUGGGGAAGUCUGUGGUGACGGAGUAUCCUCCCUACGCCCAAGCCUUCAUCGGCCUCCUCCUAGCCUCCUCUGUCUGCUGUAUCCCUUUGACGGCCCUCUACACCUACUGUAAGAAGAGGAACCUGGCCAGUGGGAAGAGAGAGCGCACUGUCAGCACUGUGUCAGCGUAAAGACCGACGUAUUGGUUGACAGACAGAGUGACACAAGGCAGAGCUGCUACAUUACGGCUCUGAGACUGACUGGACCCUCUAGUUAUAGGAUCGACUGAUCGACAACCUACCGUCCGUAUCAUGGCUGUCUUAACAGAACAGUACCUCACUCUCCUGGUGCAGUGGUUCAUGCCACACCACAAACCAAAGGCCCUCUUUCUCCCCCCGGGGCAGGCUGGCUCUGCCGCUGUGCUGCUGGUGGACAGACCGCCAGAUCUGUACCUAGCAUUAGCCCCCGUCGUCCUUUGGCAUCUAAUACUUACUGGGUGAUAAUAGUGAACUUUUGUAUUUUGUAUUUGUGGUUCUGAGCAGGGCUUAGAACUACAUCCAAAAUAUUUCAGAAGUGAAAAACGAACAAAUAAUCUUGUGAAUGGUUUAUUGCAUUGUUUAAAGGCCCAGUGCAGUGAGAAAAAAAACAACGAUUUCCUGUGUUUUGUACAUAUUUCCAGGCUAUGAGGUUGGAAUAAUAAAGUGAAAUUGGGAACAUUAUUAUAAUCCCCUUUUAGUGUAAGAGCUGUUUGGUGGGAUGGAGCAUGGUAAAUUAGUUAAUAGACCAAUAAGAAAGAGAUCCAAACCUCUGCAUAUAACAGCUAGUUUUCCAUUUUCCCUUCCCCACUCAGACCUCUACAAGACAGUCCUAGCAACAUUUUUGCUUGAAAAAUAGCUCUUUGCUAAGAAGCUAUUUUGGUAUCUUUUUGACCAUUUUAAAUGAAAACAAUCACAGUAAGGUACUUAAUUGUAACCCAUCAAUUGUAUGAUAUUGAGAUAAAAAUGGCUGCAUUGGACCUUUAAUGUUUAGCUUUCAGUAGCAGAUUCUUUGAGACACAGUGUGUCAACCCUCUUUAUUUAAAGCGCCACAAAAUGUUUAAGAUAUUUUUUCCCUUGAAUGUCAUUAUGGUGAAGUAUUUUGUAUCCCAUUGGUUUACUGUAGAUAUUCUGUAGAUUACUCAAUGAGUUGUGAGAUAUGUUGAGUGCCUGGAUGUACAAGGUAGACCUUCGUCUGACUCGGUUAUGACUGAAUACAGUCUGACUGGUGUCAAAUGACCAAGAACAACUUGUAGCAAUAGCUGUAUGUGAUUUAGUGUUUGCAAACAUACUGAUAAUUUCACAUAUAACGAACAAAUCUCUAUGAACAGGACCAAGACCAUAUCUAUACCUAUGGGCUUUGCUGUCAAUUCACCAUCAGUGACUUCUUACUUCUCAUCAGUGACUUCUUACCAGAUAGAUAUAUAUAUUAUGUAGAACAGACACUAUUCUCUGUCAUAUAGAAUAGGAAAUCAUGUUAGCUCUAUAGGAAGCAUUUCUUUCUGCAACAUUCCAGAGCGUUUCACCUCCUGAACGUGUGAAAGAUUGUGUGCUCUUCUAAUUAGAAAGUAUUGUAGUGUUGCACUGCUGUCAUAGAAUCCACAUCAACUGGACUUAGGAUACAGCCCAAUGGUUAUGUACCAAUGUGCUGUGCAUAUUCACGAGCAAAAAAUACAAUGUAGACCUACUCUUUUUACAGGAAAAUGUAUGGGUUUGCACAGAAACAAUUGCCAAACAUGUUGUAAUGCUGUGAGCAUUUUUCAUGUUAACAAUUUGAAACCAUCCAUUUAUAAUAACAGGGGCGCAACCUUGACUGGGGAUGGGGGGACAGGUCCCCCCCUACAUUCUGAAAUUGCAUUUUUGUCCCCCGCUGAUGUUAUCAUUGGAAUGUGAUUUUAAAAACGAGGCAAUGGUGUGCUUUAGGACCAUGCAGAAGCCUCCGAGCGGUCAGGUAGGCUGUUUGGAGUGUUUAUCCGACUGGAUUUAAAAAACAUGUAUGUCCCCCCACUUCUAAAAUCAAAGUUGUUCUACUGUACAGUGAUGGAAACACUGUGUAAAUAUAUUUGUACAAUGUUUAAUACAGGUACUGCUGUACCACAAUGAUGUGUUCAUGUUUUAUAAGUAGUAUUUUCUAUGGUGAAAUUAUUAAAGACAUGAAGACAUUUGAACCAUUGGUAUUAGUGAACAAGAUACAAGAUACAGCCUGUUGCAAACCAGGCAUUUAAUUCAAUCCAACUUGCUAGUAGCCAGCAAGGAUGACACAUUUCAAUGUUAUGAAAUCUGGAUUUUUUUUAAGUGUUUGGUUUGACAAGCUGUGUACUUUAUAAUACCAUUAAAUGUAUAGACCACAAAAAUAUAAACACAACAUGCAACAAUUUCAAUGAUUUUACUGAGUUACAGUUCAUAUGAGGAAACCAGUCAAUUGAAGUAAAUAAAUUAGGCUCUAAUCUAUGGUUUUCAUAUGACUGGGCAAGGACACAGCCAUGGGUGGGCCUGGGAGGGUAUAGGCUCACUGACUUGGGAGCCAGGCCCACUCACUGGAGAACCAGGCCCAGAAAAUCAGAAUGAGUUUUUCCCCACAAUAUGACUUUAUUACAGACAGAAAUACUCCUCAGCACCGCCUCAGACAAUCCCGCAAGUGAAGAAGCUGGAUGUGGAGGUCCUCGGCUGGCGCGGUUACAAGUGGUCUGUGGUUGUGAGGCCCAUUGAACCUACGUGCCAAAUUCUAUAAAACGACAUUGGAUGCAGCUUAUGGUAGAGAAAUGGACAUUAAAUUCUCUGGCAACAACUUUGGUGGACAUUCCUGCAAGCAGCAUACCAAUUUCAUGCUCCCUCAAAACUUGAGACAUCUGUGACAUUGUGUUGUAAGACAAAACUGCACAUUUUAGAGUGGCAUUUUAUUGUCCCAAGCACAAGGUCCACCUGUGUAAUGAUCAUGCUGUUUAAUCAGUUUAUUGAUGUGCCACACCUGUCAGGUGGGUGGAUUAUCUUGGAGAUAAGGAGAGGAGAAAGGAGAAAUUCUCACUAAUAGUGAUGUAAACUAAUUUGAGCAUAACAUUUGAGAGAAAUAAGCUUUUUGUGCAUAUGGAAAAUAUCUGGGAUUGUUUAUUUCAGCUCAUGAAACAUGGGACCAACACUUUACAUGUUGCGUUUAUAUUUUCGUCCAGUAUAGCAUGAGAUUUUAUUUCUAUGGGAUAGACAUGGGCCAUCUAAGAACCACCUGCAUUAAAUAGCGUGUUUGUCUGAAGUUAAGCACUUUUUUUUCUCUGUCAAAGACUGGAAUGUAGUUUUGUCUUCAGCCUAGUGAGCUGAGGUUUAGGGCUGAAUAUAACGGGGUCGUUCUUCAAAUAGAGUGCCUUUUGCGUCUCUUUGAUAUUUUAAGUAGACAUUUUAAAGCCUGAUAUAUUAAAUGAAGUGCCCUUUAAUACAAACCACAUGGAAAAUGUAAUAUAUCCUAUUUUUUAUAUGAAUAAAGAUUCGUUAAGGUGCCAAAGCACUAUAUUUUGACAUGUUUUUCUGACAUAUAUAUAUAUAUUUUCUUGCAUUAGUGAUUAAUUUACGUUUGUCCCACAUUUUAAGGUCAAGCCUGUUAUGUAAACUAGACAAAUGUUAAUAUGCUGGAACUAUUUCUAGUUGCGCAGCGGUCCCAAGUGGCACAGCGGUCCCCAAGUGGUGCGGCGGUCCCCGAGUGGCUCAGCGGUCUAAGGCACUGCAUCUCAGUGCUAGAGGUGUCACUACAGACACACUGGUUUGAAUCCAGGCUGUAUCACAACUGGCUGUGAUUGGGAGUCCCAUAGGGCGGUGCACAGUUGGACCAGUGUCAUCCGGGUUUGGCCGGUGUAGGCCAUCAUUGUAAAUAAGAAUUUGUUCUUAACUGAUUUGUCUAGUUAAAUAAAGGUUAAAUAAAAAAAUAUUAUAAGCUGGUUCUAUGGUGUUUUUCUCUUGUUUUGUGGUAGAAAACUGUUAGCGUUGAGCAUAACACUUCGAGCAUAGAUGGGCUAGAAAUGUUUCAAGUUUUUUUUGUUGAGCUUGCAGGGGGUUAUGGCUGAUUUAAGAUAAAAUUGUCAACCCUGUUACUUUAAUUGCCAUUUUUUAAAUUAAUUUGACCUCUUGAAUAGGGAAUGUGAAUGAAUAGGGAAUGUGAAUGAAUAGGGAAUGUGAAUGAAUAGGGAAUGUGAAUGAAUAGGGAAUGUGAAUGAAUAGGGAAUGUGAAUGAAUAGGGAAUGUGAAUGAAUAGGGAAUGUGAAUGAAUAGGGAAUGUGAAUGAAUAGGGAAUGUGAAUGAAUAGGGAAUGUGAAUGAAUAGGGAAUGUGAAUGAAUAGGGAAUGUGAAUGAAUAGGGAAUGUGAAUGAAUAGGGAAUGUGAAUGAAUAGGGAAUGUGAAUGAAUAGGGAAUGUGAAUGAAUAGGGAAUGUGAAUGAAUAGGGAAUGUGAAUGAAUAGGGAAUGUGAAUGAAUAGGGAAUGUGAAUGAAUAGGGAAUGUGAAUGAAUAGGGAAUGUGAAUGAAUAGGGAAUGUGAAUGAAUAGGGAAUGUGAAUGUGUGCUCCUUAUGACAGAAUGAUAAUAUUAGGUGAAAUAUGUUUUUUUGACAAAAUAACACUACGCAAAAGUCACUCUUUUUGUGGAACAAUCCAAAGGGUAAUAUAACCAGGAAAAUGUUCUCUCCCUAAUCUCAAUACCCAGUAAUAGUUCCAUACUUCCAAUAGCAGGACCACCAAGGUCCACCUUUUCAGUAGAAAUACAUUUUGUGUAUAUGAGAUUGAGUAGUUAAAUUUGUAAUAUCUGUAGUCUGUUUCAAUAUCUGUAUGGAAAUAAAAGCAUUUAGUACUA